CAGGACUGCACGACGGCGAAGUGAAUGCAUCGCGGCUGACAUGUGAAAAGGCGCGACGGAGCAGCAGACCUGCCCUUUCCCUCCCGCCGUGACAGUCCGCUACGAUCCGUGACGUAUUCGCGCUGCGGCUUUGCUCUGUCUCCGCCAAACACUGCUGCGAGCUGCUUGUCGGGCGUUGCUGCUGCUGUUGCUGCUGGCUGGCCUGCCUUCCAGACGUCGUCUCUUCAUCUCGAGCACCCAGGCCACCGCGCAUUCACCCAUCCACCGCCCCGUCCACCCCCUCCCCUCCCCCCAUUCACCACCGACACGCCUGCGCUGGCGCAUCGGCUUUGUCUUGCCGCACGUGCCAUUUGUCAUUCCCAGCAGCAAACUGUGCCUGUUGCUUGCUUGCACACAUCGAAAGUUUCUCGUUGCUCGCAGCUUGCGCAGGCUGCAGGCAUCGCCCACUGCUAGCUGUUCGCCAUCAUGGACAACCUGGGUAGCGACAUGCUGCUGGACUCCGACUACGACGAGAAACACCUCACCCCUACCGACGACAUUGACAACGUCGCCAUCAUAUCACCCGACGACGCCGACAGUAUGGUCGACGAUCCCGACCCGGCCUCACUGCCGGCCGAGCCGCUUGCCGAUGACCACGAAGCGAUGUUGGCUCGUUGGAUGCCCCCGCUGCCCGAUCAAGAGACUGAAGCAGAGGCAUGGCACAGUUGGGAUAUUGUAGAUUGGGUCAAACAACCAAAGCGAGCGCAUGGGCCCACAUUUACCUGUGGCGGGCAUCCGUGGCGAGUGCUGUUCUUUCCUGCCGGCAAUUCAGCGUCAGAGAGCGUGUCGUUCUAUCUCGAGCAAGGCUUUGAGGAGGACAAUGGACAGAAGCCACCCGAGGGUUGGUAUGCAUGUGCACAGUUCAUGCUGGUGCUAUCCAACCCCAACGACCCAUCCAUCUACAUCCACCAUGAAGCCAAUCAUCGAUUCACAGCAGACGAGGGCGACUGGGGCUUCACAAGAUUUGCGGAUAAGAACCGGAUAUUUGCGCCCAAGUUCGAUGGCCGUGAACGACCGCUCGUUGAAAAUGGAUGCGCCAGGAUGACUGCCUAUGUGCGAGUGCUCAAGGAUCCCACUGGAGUGUUGUGGCACAACUUCAUCAAUUACGACAGCAAGAAGGAGACUGGAAUGGUUGGCCUCCGCAAUCAAGGAGCCACCUGCUACUUGAACUCGCUGCUGCAGUCGCUCUAUUUGACCGGAGCCUUCCGCAAGGCAGUAUACCAGAUACCAACAGAAACCCCACAGGAGCGAGAAUCCUCGAAUUCGGCAUACAUGCUGCAGCGGUUAUUCUACAGCUUACAGGCCGACCAAGUUGCCGUGUCGACUAACGAACUCACGCGAUCUUUUGGUUGGGAAAGCAGGCAGAUAUUUGAGCAGCAAGACGUCCAGGAAUUGUCCCGCAUUCUCAUGGAGAAACUGGAAGCACGCAUGAAGGGCACUGAGGCUGAGAACGCACUCGAGCAAAUGUUUGUGGGUAAGAUGAAGACCUACCUCCGGUGCAUCAACGUCGAGUACGAGUCCAGCCGAAUCGAGGACUUCUGGGAUUUGCAACUGAAUGUAUCCGGCUGCAAAGGCUUGCAUGAUAGUUUCAAGGACUACAUUCAGGUUGAGACUUUAGAGGGCGACAACAAGUAUGCUGCUGAAGGCUUUGGACUUCAAGACGCAAAGAAAGGCGUCAUAUUUGAGAGCUUCCCCAAUGUCCUUCACUUGCAGCUGAAACGCUUCGAGUACGACUUCCAACGAGAUGCCAUGAUGAAAGUUAACGACCGAUACGAAUUCCCGGAAGUCUUCGAUGCAUCACCGUACCUGGAUGAGGCGGCAGACAAGUCAGAGCCAUACGUAUAUCACCUUCAUGGCGUCCUCGUCCACUCUGGUGAUCUCAAUGCUGGCCACUAUUACGCUUUCCUCAAGCCAGAGAAGAACGGGCAGUUCUUCCGAUUCGACGAUGAUCGAGUCACUCGUGCAACCAAGCGCGAAGCCAUUGAUGAUAACUUUGGUGGUGACUACCAAAGCGUGAACGGUGUGCAGAAAGGACAGAACCCGUACACUCGACAGUGGUCCACGAAGCGAUCCAACAACGCAUACAUGUUGGUCUACAUCCGCGAGAGCCGUCUUGAUCAGAUACUCCUACCCGAAGACCAAGUCAGCCCCCCGGAGCAUCUCCCGAUCAAAUUGAAGGAGGAACGCUUACAGGCCGAGCGCCGCCGCAAGGAAAAAGAAGAAGCCCAUCUCUACAUGAACGUGUUCGUUGCAACUGUUGAAAACUUCAAACUGCACGACGGCCAGGAUUUGAUACCCUGGACGGACGAUGCAACCAAUCCUGCCGCACCGUCUAUCCAUCGCCUUCUGAGAAGCAUGACCGUUCGAGAUUUCACCAAAUUUGUCGCUGAACAAAAAGGAGUCGAUGCCGACCUGAUCAGACCCUGGAUAAUGGUCAAUCGACAAAAUGGGACUGUACGCCCUGAUCACCCGCUAAUGUGGGCCGAUAUGACGCUACAAGAGGCCGCCGAUAAGUUCAGCACGCGAACGUCUGGCUUCAGAGUCUUCAUGGAGCAGACAGAACGAGACGAAGAUGGAAAGCCAAUCUGGCAGCUGGACGACGAGUCACUUUCCUCGCCUGGUGCCAACGGCGUCCAAUCUUCGACAAAACCUAUCAUCUUGUUCUUGAAACACUUCGAUGUGGAUAGGCAGGAGUUACACGGUGUUGGCCACAUCUACAUGAACCCGUCCGACCGAGCGCAAGAUCUGGCAGGCCCCAUCAUGGCCAUGAUGGGCUGGCAGCCUGGGGAGGUGAGUCUCGAGCUCUUUGAGGAGAUCAAGCAAAACUACAUCGAGCCUAUGAAGCCCAAGAAUACUCUGGUCGCCUCGGAGAUUCAAGAUGGCGACAUUAUCUGUUUCCAGCGGAGCCUGUCGGAGGCCGAACAGAGCGCGAUUCGCCAGACCAACCCAACUGCAUGCCUUACUGCACCCACCUUCUACGACUUCCUGUUGAACCGACUUUUCGUCAACUUCACGCCGAAGUCAUUUGUGAACCUGCAGCUGCGCAACGAGGAGGAUGCGCAAUUCCAGCUCGCACUCUCCAAGAAAGAUACGUACGAUGCACUCGCGCACAAGGUUGCCGAUUAUCUUUCCUCCAAGAAUGAAACCACGAUCGAGCCCUCACAUCUGCGAUUCACCACGACCAAUGUUCAGUCUGGUAAGCCACGUGCUGUGGUGAAGAGACAGCAGAACACCACGGUCAAUCAUAUCCUCAUGGGCAACAAUGGCUACGGCAGCUACGGCUAUACAGCGACGCAGGCUCCAGAUCAUCUCUAUUACGAAGUACUGGAAAUGAGUUUGACAGACCUGGAACAACGCAAAAACGUGCGUAUCAUCUGGCUCACUGAAGGCAUCCAGAAAGAAGAGCCAUUCGAUCUGCUGCUCCACAAACAGGCCAACUUCAGUGAUGUGUCUGGAGCCCUACAGCAACGCGCAAGUCUUCCCGACGAGAUCGUGGACCAGAUCCGCUUCUACGAAGUUCACAGUAACAAGGUGUACAAGGUUCUACCUCCUUCACAUGGUGUCAUUGCACUAAACGAGUUCAUGAGCGUGUAUGCUGAGCGAAUUCCGGAAGAGGAGUCACAGGCGGAUCCAGACAACGGUGACCGAUUGAUGUAUUGCUUUCACUUCGAGAAGGAGCCAUCCAAAGCGCAUGGAGUGCCGUUCAUAUUCCUCAUGAAGGCAGGCGAAAUUUUCAAGGAGACCAAAGAGCGAAUCUCGAAGCGAACAGGUCUGAAGGGCAAGAACCUAGAGAAGGUCAAGUUCGCUGUGAUCAAAGGCGGCCAAGUCUACAGCAGACCUGUGUGGAUCGCAGACGAUGACAUCCUCUCUGACAAGCUCGGACCUGAAGAUCAUCUGGGACUGGAGCACCCCAACCGUAAUCGCCAGAACUGGGGACGUUACGAAAGCCUCAACAUUCGAUGAAGGGAUGCAAACCACGAGAUUCAUGACUGCUUGGGGUACGGGUGUACAGCUACGAAGCGCUACAAUUCAGCGAGCGAGCGAGCGAUCGAAGGUUCAAGGUCGGAAAAGGUUUGGAGUCGUGCAGUAGACUCAUAAUUGCGACGAUAGAUGACUUGUGGGCUUCAAAGAGGGUCAUUUUCAAAUUUUGUUCUUGCGAGCGGGUCUUUAGCGCGUGCAUCGAGCCAUUCUGUGCUUUCAGUAGCUCAGAAGGCAUAGCUGGUAGGCAGACGGACAGCGCAGCGUUGCUUUGAAGCGUCGUUCACUUGGGCGCGCUUGCGUCUUCUGUCUUGCAGACUACCGGUCAAAGAAAUUCUAGAGAGCGGGUGAGAAGCAUAGGCCAGGCAUAUGCAUGUACUCUAUGCGAAGAAGUUGU